GCGAGGAUAUCCGGGGAUAAAGAGUAUGCGAACAUUCUAGCGUGGAGCGAGCGCCACCGUCGGCCAUGAGCUUUUGAGGUGGAAAAAGCGCCACUGCGAUGACGAAUUUGAUACACAAGUAUGACGAUACAAAAGGGAGAGCUGCGAAGAACCAGAGAACUUUGGGACGCAGUGCAAGAGAUAUGGAAGUUCUCACUGGAUGGAGAAGCACAUCUUACUCUGGAAAGCUUGCAACAAGGUACUACUCUUUGGGACGAUCGGGAUUUUACAGGCAGCAGGCGGUGACUUGCCAGAUCUGUGUCAAGGACACCGACACUGAGGGAUCACUCAAAGUCACUCGUGAAGAACUUGCGAGGCUCCAGGGAUCAUCCAGAGUUCCACAAGCUAGUGAAGAAGCUUUGGGAGAUGCUCCUCCUCCAGUGCUCCAAGUUCUCUGCGACGAGGCCAUUUCCUGGGACAAGGAGAAUGCUGCGAGGAUCAAAGACAUGGGAAGCAAUGAUACCAGUUUGAGCUCGACGAUGGAGCACAGGCUAUGGGUGUUUGCCGGAUGCUCCUCGCUGCUGGGAAUGCUAGCAAAGUCCGCGGCUGGCAUCGAGACAAGCUCCGACGCAGGUCUCUCAACACUCGCCAUCCUGUCCGCCUACGUUCUAGCCGACUUGGCCACCGGCAUCUACCACUGGGGGAUCGACAACUACGGCGACGACAAGACUCCACUCUUCGGCCCCCAGAUCGACGCGUUCCAGGGGCACCACAAGCGUCCCUGGACGAUCACCAAGCGCGACUUCUCCAACAACAUCCACUCGUUGGCUCGUCCGGCAACGAUCUUUCUCGUCCCGGUUUUGGUGGCGACUCCCGGCAGUGGCCCCGUGGAUGCGUUCCUGGGAGUUUUCCUGGGAUGCGUGGUCUUCAGCCAGCAGUUCCACUCGUGGGCUCACACCCGGCGCAGCCAACUUCCAGGAGUUGUGAGGGCGCUCCAGGAUCUUGGGGUGCUCGUGUCGACGAGAAUGCACGGCAAGCACCACCGGGAGCCUUUCGAUGGGAACUACUGCAUCGUGUCGGGGGUUUGGAACCGGGUGCUGGAUUCGAGCGGGGUGCUGAGGCUGGCGGAGAGAUGGAUUUACUCCAACUGGGGUUACGCUCCUCGCUGCUGGUCGGAUUCGUCGCCGGAGUGGAGCCAACAAGGAUCAUACUUCGAGGAUUGAUUCGUUUUAGCCGUGAUGGUCUAAGUUAUGCUUCAUUGAGCUCAUGUAAAGUCAAUGCCAGUCAAUAUAAAGUCCAAAAAAGGACUUGACAAGGA